CAUUUGGAAAACUAGUUCCUUUAUAAACCGCUUACCCACAAUUCCUUUUUCUCUUCCCUGUCAGAAACGCCGCCAUGAAGGUCGAGCUGUGCAGUUUUAGUGGAUAUAAAAUCUAUCCCGGCCAUGGUCGGCGGUACGCCAGGAUCGACGGAAAGGUUUUCCAGUUCCUGAAUGCUAAAUGUGAGUCUGCUUUCCUGUCCAAGAGGAACCCCAGACAGAUCAAUUGGACUGUUCUGUACCGGCGCAAACACAAGAAGGGCCAGUCUGAAGAGGUGGCUAAGAAGCGCUCCCGUCGUGCAGUUAAGUUCCAGCGGGCCAUCACUGGUGCCUCACUGGCUGAGAUUCUGGCCAAGAGGAACCAGAAGCCAGAAGUGCGUAAAGCGCAGAGGGAGCAGGCCAUCAGGCGCACUUCCGGAAAAACUUGGGAUGUGGCCGUUUCUCACAGCAAGAAGACAAACGUUUCUGGAGAGGCAGAGGGCAGCAAAACGAAACCCUGCUGGCUGGUUAUCCAGGAUACUCUGUCUGGCGCAUGCAAUGAUGACGCAGUGAAUAGUGACUAUUCUUUCUGACCAAUCAGCAGUCUGCUGUGUUUUCAUGUUACAUUUUAGUAUCGCCUCAGCUCGCUCAGAACCGAGUCGCGUCAAGGUGAGCUGAUACGGUGUAGUGGAAAUGCACCAUUAGUGUUGCAUGACCAAGUAAAUGCACCUUCUCUAGUAAGCUUGUGUAGCGAAGUAGUUUGAAAUAUAAUCUGAGCAGAUAAACGGUCCAUGUGGAGUGAUUCAAAGGAGUUCCGUUUUGUUCGGUUUUUGGUGCAUAAACAUUAUCAAACAUCUAACUCCUCAAAUCGUUUUAUCAAAGAAAAUUAUAUUGUGAAAAUUAUCACUAUCAGAUUAUCGGCCAGCCCUAAUUUCAGCCUUAAACAGCAUUGUAACAUGUUACAAAUUGAGACAAGUGCAACAAAAACUGAACAUUUUCUUUCUAACUGUAUUUUUGAUCUGAUCUUUCAGAGCUGCAAAAGAGGCCAAGAAAGCUAAGCAGGCAACUAAGAA